AUGUCGAGGCGAGACAGCCGUCGGCCGUCUCGUCUGCAACCGCGUGCGUUCAUUGGCGGAACCGACGACGGCGUCAGCGGUCCGCGCUCGGCAUAG